AUGGCGUCUGCUGAUCUGAAGAGGGAGCUGGAAUGUUCCGUCUGUCUGAACAUUUAUACCGAUCCUGUAAACCUGACAUGUGGACACAACUUCUGCCGGGGCUGUAUUGAUCGCGUGUUGGAUACACAGGAGGGGUCUGGAGGGUAUUCCUGUCUUGAAUGCAGAACAAAGUUCCAGGAUCGUCCUGCACUGUACAGAAACAUAACUCUGUGCAACAUCGUGGAGAACUUCCGGUCUACUCAGCCAGAUGAGGAGAAGUCCGAGGUCUUCUGUACUCACUGUGUGGACUCUCCUGUACCGGCUGUGAAGUCCUGUCUGCUCUGUGAAGCUUCUCUGUGCGAUAAACACCUGAGAGUCCACAGCAAGUCACCAGAACACGUCUUAUGUGACCCCACCACUUCCCUGGAGAGCAGGAAAUGCUCCGUCCAUAAGAAGAUCCUGGAGUAUUACUGCAGUGUGGAUGGCGCCUGUAUCUGUCUGGCCUGCACAUUAGAUGGAGCUCACCACGGCCACCAGGUGAAGAUGUUGUCCGCGGCUUCUGAAAUGAAGAAGGAGAAUCUGAAAACCGUCCACCAAAAACUGAAGACAAAGAAAAAAGAGGCGGUGAGAAGAAUUCAAAAUCUUCAGGAACACCAGAGGAAAGUGAUGGAUAAAGCAGAUGGGGAGAAAUCAAAGAUCGCCAUCCUGCUUGGAAACCUCAGGAGACGUCUGGAAGACCUGGAGAAGAAAGUCCUGGGGGAGAUCUCCGGGCAGGCAGAGAAGAUCUCCGUCUCCAUAAUGGAAAUGACCCGGGACCUGGAGAUAAAGAAGGAGGAGCUGUCCAGGAAGAUGGGUGACAUUGAGGAGCUGUGCAACAUGACGGAUCCACUGAUUGUCCUACAGAAAUCAGAGACUGGGGACUUGUGUGAUACUGAGGAUGGAGAUGAUGAGGAUGGAGAGAGACACGAUAACCUCAGGGAUCUGGACAUGGUUGGGAUCUCACACACAUUGCACACAGGAUUAUCUGAUAUCAUGUCUGGGAUAAAUAACAGGAUGGAGGGAGCUGGAGACAAGUUUCUGGAUGAAAGCACAGCUGGUGAUAAGCUACAAAUCUCAGAAGACGGGAAAACUGUGACUGCCCUUCCAUCACCAGACAGGAAUCUUCCAGAAACACCAAAGAGGUUUAGGUUUUCUCAGGUAAUGAGCAGUCGGAGUUUCUCCUCAGGGCGGCAUGACUGGGAGGUGGAGGUUGGGGGAUCAGGUAGAUGGGAUAUCGGGAUGUGUUACCCCAGUGUAAAGAGGAGCUGGAAUCCUGAAAUAUGUUACAAAAGGGACCACCCUGACCUAGGGGAAUACAAGAACAAAUACUGGGGUAUACAUAAGUACAAUGCUUGUUGGAGAAUAGCUGACAGGAAUGAACACUGGCCAUGUGACACUCCUUAUAAGAUAAUCAGGAUGUAUCUGGAUUACGAGGCCGGGAAGAUCUCCUUUUAUGAUCCAAAUGUCCCCGUCACACACCUCCACACCUUCACCGCCACCUUCACCGAGCCCCUCCAUGUGGUGAUCGGUGUGUGGGAUGAUUAUGGGUAUUUAAAGAUAUGUGGGGAGAGGGCGAUAAAUGAUCAGAAAUUAGAAAGUUUCCCAAAAACUGGUGACAUCAAAUAA